ACACAGUGCAGCUCUGCAGAACACCCACCACGGAAGAAAGGCAGAACAAGAGCACUGAAGUCUGACAAUGAGAUAAUGAAAGGAAGACGGAGACGUGAACAUCGAGAAAGAAGACACUGAACUGCCGGGAGAAACUGAAGGUUUUACUUAACUGAGAGAGAGAAGAGAAGUUAAACUGUGACAAAAAAACAAAGAUGGAGUUGUGGCGGCAGUGUGCGGUGUGGCUGAUCGACUGUCGAGUUCUUCCUGAUAACCACCGGGUCACAUGGGAGGGCGCUCAGGUGUGCGACCUGGCUCAGGCUCUGAGAGAUGGCGUGCUGCUCUGCCAGUUGCUCAACAACCUGUUGCAUCAGGCUGUCAACCUGAGAGAAAUCAACCUGCGCCCUCAGAUGUCCCAGUUCCUGUGCCUCAAGAAUAUCCGGACAUUUCUGGGAGUUUGUCAAACAAAGUUUCUUCUCAAAAAGAGUGAACUGUUUGAGGCCUUCGACCUCUUUGACGUUCGGGACUUCGGAAAGGUCAUAAACACGUUGUCCAACCUCUCUCAUACACCGAUUGCUUUACAAAGAGGAUUUCAGCCUUUUCCCUUGGAAGGAUGCAGUGCUGAUGAUGAGAUCUACAGCGGCCUGUCAGACCAGAUAGACGACACAGUAGAAGAGGAUGAUGACUUGUACGACUUUGUGGAGGACGAGGAGAACGAAGGAGAUGAGAUCUAUGAAGACUUGAUGAGGACGGACGAACAACCUGAAACUCAGAAGAAGACUGGAGUAGACAAACGAGAGUGCUGUCUGCAGGAGAUCAGACAGACAGAAGAGAAAUACUCCGAUACACUGCAAUCUAUAUUACAGCACUUUAUGAAACCUCUUGAAAGGUUUCUCCAGGCUCAAGACAUUGAGAGUAUCUUCAUCAACAUUGAGGAAUUGGCCAACACCCACCAGAAAUUGUUGUAUGAGGUACAGACAUCCAUCUUACAAAAUGGAGCCAAGAACCUGUACCAGGUGUUUAUGGACUACAAAGAGAGGCUCUUGCUGUACGGUCGUUAUUGUAGUCAGGUGGAAACGGCUACCAAACACCUAGACAAGCUUUCGAAUAUGAGAGAGGACAUCAAAAUGAAACUGGAGGAGUGUUCAAACAGAGCAAACAGUGGACGUUUUUCUCUCCGAGAUCUCCUCAUGGUCCCUAUGCAGCGGGUGCUCAAAUAUCAUCUGCUGUUACAGGAGCUGGUGAAGCAUACCACCGACCCUGGAGAUAAGGAGAACCUCCGCACAGCUCUCGAUGCCAUGAGAGAUUUGGCACAGUCUGUGAACGAGGUGAAACGAGACAAUGAGAUCAUCAGACAGAUCACCACCUUCCAGUUAUCCAUAGAAAACAUGACUCAGUCUCUAGCUCUUUAUGGUCGCCCCAAGAUCGAUGGAGAGCUGAAGGUCUGCAGCCCGGAGAAGAAGUCUAAACAGGACAGGUAUGCCUUCCUCUUCGAUAAGGCCAUGUUUGUGUGUAAGAAGAAGGGGGGAGAGACUUUUGAGCUAAAGGACAUCAUUGAACUACAGAACUACCAGAUACGAGACGAAACCACGGGAGAAAAGGACAACAAGAAGUGGUCCCAUGUGUUCCUUCUGCUGGACUGCUCUGGGAGGUGUGGGUACGAUUUAUUCUUCAAAACCAGAGAAGUGAAGAAGAAAUGGCUGGAACAGUUUGAGAUGGCUCUGUCAAAUAUGUGUCCAGCGAACUCCACAGCCAACAACCAUGACUUCCAGAUGCACUGCUUCGAGGAAACAACCUCCUGUAAGGCCUGCUCGAUGCUGUUAAGGGGGAUAUUCUUCCAGGGCUAUCGCUGCACGCGCUGUAAAAUGGCUGCGCAUAAAGAGUGUUUAGGCAGAGUCCCUGCCUGUGGACGAAACUCAGACCACGCUGGUACUAGACAGAAGAAUAAAACACCGAAGUCCUCGAGCCACUCCAACAUCGGAUAUCCUAAAAUGGAGGUGUGUCAGGAGUAUUAUGGCUUGCCGCCGCCCCCAGUUGGCUUCGGCCAACCGCUUCACCUCUCCAAAGGUGACAUCAUUGAGCUGACCCGGGCCGAGGCUGACCUGCCGUGGUGGGAGGGAAGGAACCUGACUGUCGGACAAAUGGGAUGGUUCCCCUGCCAAAAAGUUCAGCCCUACGUCGCUAGGCCGACCCCCGACCUGUCUGGCCUCCACUGGUUUGCAGGGAACAUGGACAGAACCGCUGCCAAGAACCUGUUAAUGUCCCGGUCUGAUGGAACCUUCCUUGUGCGGCAGAAAGACGGAGGAGAGUUCGCCAUCAGCAUCAAGUUCAACAUGGACAUUAGACACAUUAAAAUCACGUCCACUGAAGGCCUGUACCGUAUCAAUGAAAAGAAAGCAUUCAAGGGUUUAAUUGAGCUGAUUCAGUUUUACCAGAAGAACUCUUUGAAGGAGUAUUUCAAGGACGUGGACACGACGCUGCGUACGCCUUACAAACAAGCAGAGGAAAGCAACUCGGCUAACAACACACCAAACACCACGCCAGGAGGCAGCAUGAGGAGUUUCGGCGUAGCGAGGGCCAGGUAUGACUUCUCAGCCAGGGACCGCUCAGAGCUGUCGCUGCAGGAAGGAGACACAAUCAAGAUCCUCUCCAAGAAAGGUCACAGCGGUUGGUGGAAAGGAGAGGUGUAUGGCCGGGUGGGGUUGUUUCCAGCCAACUAUGUGGAGGAGGACUACUCUGACUACUGCUGACGUGGCUCCAGAUGUUGACCCUGUAUGUCUGAAUACUACAUACUAUGCUGUAUGUGGAGGGGUCUGUGUGAUACCAACAAUUGCAUUAACCCAUGUGCACGAGUGUGGCUGUGUGAGAGAGGUGCUGUUACCUGUGAUCUGAUGACUGUCUAGUGAUGUGAAUAAAACUUUUGUUCAGCUGAG